CUGAACAAAGCUGAGAGCAUCAUGAGCGUGAUACAGGUUGCUUUCCUUCUGCUUGUAAGACCACUCCUCUCUCCUCUCUUUCGAUCACCCCCACUGAUGAUCCUCCUCUCCGGUACCGGGGACAGAGUCUCGCGCUGCGCUCGUGGGAGCCUGAGGAACUGGAUCCGCUGUUUUACCGCGCCGGAUUUUGAUCCAACAAACAGAAAGAAGGGACAAGAUGGAUAGAAUACAAGAAGAAACGCGCGGGCCGUAGCUACAGACUCUAUCCCGUCACGACAUGUCACUUGUCAUGACAGAGCCGUCUUGAGCUUCACUGAAUAUGCGUAACGAGAGAAGCAGAUACGAUUUAAUUUUUGGCAAUGAACUUGAAUUUCCAUUCCUCCACAUUAAUGGGAGGACAUGGCUCAACACACAUAUUCCUAAAUGCUUUGGAACAUAAUAAUUUUUUUGCGUCAUCUCAGUAAGACAUCAGUAAAGCAGUUUGUCAGUGCACAGCGCAUUAUGAGCGUUCAGUGCUGCAUUGAUGCAAGGGAGACGCUGGAGAGGAGGACAGACCGAACCGUCGUGUGAUGUGACUCGUGUCUCAGCACCAGAUCAGUCCUGGGAUUACUGCUGGAGUCCCAAACAAUCUAUAGAAAUAGUCUAAUGGACAAUCACUCAACGCUUCAGUUGCAGUGUCUGGAGAUGACUACUAAGAGGAAGAUCAUCGGCCGCCUGGUGCCCUGUCGAUGUUUCCGGGGCGAGGAGGAGGUCAUCUCAGUGCUGGAUUAUUCCCACUGUAGCUUGCAGCAGGUCCCUAAGGAGAUCUUCAGCUUCGAGCGCACGCUAGAAGAGCUCUACCUUGACGCCAACCAGAUUGAGGAGCUGCCUAAGCAACUCUUCAACUGUCAAGCACUCAAGAAGCUGAGCAUGCCUGACAAUGACCUCUCCAACCUGCCAACCACCAUCGCCAGCCUUGUGAAUCUAAAGGAGUUAGAUAUUAGUAAAAAUGGUAUUCAAGAGUUUCCAGACAACAUUAAAUGCUGUAAAUGUCUAUCAGUUGUGGAGGCCAGUGUAAAUCCUAUAGCCAAGCUCCCAGACGGGUUCACCCAGCUCCUCAACUUGACACAGCUCUUCUUAAAUGAUGCCUUCCUUGAAUACCUGCCUGCCAACUUUGGGAGAUUAUCUAAAUUACGGAUCCUGGAGCUUCGUGAGAAUCAUCUGAAAACUAUGCCAAAGUCAAUUCAUAGGCUGUCGCAACUGGAGCGGUUAGACUUGGGAAGCAAUGAAUUCUCUGAACUGGUAAGAAAGAUUACUCCAUGCAUCUCUCUUCUUGGUUUGUCAUUGCUCGGUUCUGUGUGUUGUGUUAAUCAAACAUGCAUCUUAAAUGGGCACUUCAGUGCACGUGGCAAAACCGGUUUAUCACUUUUAGAGGAGUUUGACUGUAGCUGUAAUGAACUGGAAUCCCUGCCUCCCACCGUUGGCUACCUGCACAGUCUUCGGACAUUUGCGGCAGAUGAGAACUUCCUGACUGAGCUGCCCAGGGAGAUUGGAAACUGCAAGAAUGUCACAGUCAUGUCCUUGCGCUCCAAUAAACUGGAGUUUCUGCCUGAUGAGAUUGGACAGAUGACAAAGCUACGUGUUCUCAAUCUAAGUGACAAUAGGUUAAAGAAUCUUCCCUUCACUUUCACUAAAUUGAAAGAUCUUGCUGCACUCUGGUUAUCUGACAAUCAGUCCAAGGCCCUUAUCCCCCUUCAAACAGAGGCUCACCCUGAGACCAAACAGAGAGUCUUGACCAACUACAUGUUUCCUCAGCAGCCCCGGCACGAUGAGGAUUACCAGUCUGACAGUGACAGCUUUAAUCCCACUCUCUGGGAGGAACAGAGACAGCAGAGGAUGACGGUGGCAUUUGAGUUUGAGGACAAGAAGGAAGAAGAGGACAACUCAGGAAAAGUGAAGGUUGAGAUUAAUUUGAAGCGCUAUCCCACCCCUUACCCAGAAGACCUAAAGAACAUGGUGAAGUCAGUGCAGAACCUGGUUGGUAAAACCACUCACACCCUCAACACUGAAAAAUGUUCUUCUGGGACCAAUAUGGAUCUCCACAGCCAAGACAAGUAUGAGCCCAAGUGGCCCAUUGCUCCUAAGGAGGUGACAGAGCGAGAGGUCAAAGACUUUUCGAAACCACCGAUGUCUGAUCAAGGCGUCAUCCUCAACUCAGCCAUUGACAUCCCAAAACGCAAAGACAAAGAGGAUCUGACUGAGAGCUCGGAAAUUUCUUUACAUCGCGUCGUUCCCAAGCCUCAACAGCCAGAGAAUACGAGCCUGGCCGUUACUUCCUCUUCCUGUUUCUGCCUCAUAGACUCCAUGGGAGGCUCCCCUAAUGAUAUCCGAAUUUCUGACAUGAGGCCGACUUUGGUAGAGCCACCAAUGUACAAACCAAAGGUUGUGUUACUGGGCAAGGAAAAAAAAGGUUAUACCCAGCAGAGCAUGCUGGAACAACAAAACAGCUUGUCUACCAUCACUGACACCCAGUUCCACAAGAGGAAUGGUAGGUAUGACGAAGAUUACUCGUCUUAUCAAGAACCCAAAAAGCCAAUCAUGGGUUACCCCACCAAGAGUCUGACACAACGUCGCCCCCUGUCUGCACGGAGCUACAGCACAGAGACAUAUGGGGCAUCUCAGGCAAGACCAGUGUCUGCCCGACCCACCAUGGCUGCACUGCUGGAGAAAUUGCCUUCAGAUUACAAUCUUAGUACAUGCAUUGAAAAGAGCCCUGAAGCAGACAUGAAGAUGAGACCUGUCCUUCAAAAACAAGAGGACCCGACCUCCAAAAUGCCAGUAGAUUGGAGACAGCAGCUGCUUAGACACAUAGAAGCCAAGAGGCUAGACCGGAGCGCUGUCCUUAAGCACAACACAGUAAACUUCGGCAUGCUGUACUCUGGAGGCUAUGCUGCACCGCAUGCCAGCAGAAGCAUGACAAUAAACUUUUACAAUAACACAAAGCAUGAAAACCAAACAACUCAGUGGCUACCUCUACCAAAUACACCUUCACAACAGAGCAAUAUUUUAGAUAAUGGACAAGAGGUGGUUUCCCUGAAUAGCCAGUGGGCCCCGUAUUCACUGGGACGAAGAGACGUGCCACCAGAGAACAUGAAUGUCAUCAAAAAGCCUGGUGUUCACAAUCAUCCCCAUCAACAACAGACUAUGAUGAUGACCUCAGCCACCCCUCCUCACCGGACGGCCCGUGACCAGCAGUAUGAGGGGGCCAUCAACAAGGUGUCCAUCCAGCAGUACCAGUCACCUCUGCCCAUGCCCAUCACCACCACCAGCCCCCGGCCUCAGAGCGCCCGCUGCUUCAUCCAGACUAAAGGACAGAAGAGUAUGGAUGGCUUUCCAGAGCAGCUCUGUGUGAGGAUUGAGAAGAACCCUGGCCUUGGUUUCAGCAUCUCAGGGGGAAUCAGUGGACAGGGGAACCCCUUCAAGCCCUCGGACAUGGGUAUCUUUGUUACUAGGGUACAGCCUGAUGGACCUGCCUCCAACCUUCUUCGACCAGGGGACAAAAUUCUGAAGGUCAACGGACAUAGUUUCUUACACAUGGAGCAUGAAUCCGCAGUGUCUCUUCUGAAGAAUUUCCCGAAAACUGUGGACUUGGUAAUCUUAAGGGAGAGCACAACAUAAAUAUUUUUAUAGCUUAAAGACUUCUCACCCAGAUGGAACAACUUGUACAUCACCUUUUAUCUAGGAACAAUUUUGCCAAUUGCUGGACCAAUGGCAAAUUCCAGUGCCAAAUGUACACUAGAGGACAUAUCUUAUAACGUUACAUACGGCUUACACAUUCUACACAAACAUACAUUGGUUGAAAUCUUUCGUUGAUGUUGCUGAUAUUCUUCUUUAUCUCAGCCUGUGGCUGUAAGUGGGCGCAUUUUUUUCCUGCUUAUUUAUAUGGCGUAUUAUUUUGUACCUAUUUUUCCUAGCAGCUUUUCGGUUUAAUCUUGGUGCAUGAAAGCACAUCUGCUUUUAAGGACAUUUACCCACCAUAACACUGCCUCAACUUUGUAAAUGCCUUGUGUAAAUAUAUACAUUUACGACUCAAAUGUGAUAAGAGUGUAGAAUGUGAAUGAAAGACGCAUUGAUGAUUUUCUAACACAUCGAUGAGUUUUUGUAACAGUUUAGAAGAGACAUCCUUCUCAUGCGAACAACAAUUUAGGGAAAUCGAAAAAGUCCCCUUUUAAUCUUGAUAAACGCUAACAUUCUGUAUUUGCACAAAUCAAAUGACAGAAAAGAUUCCCCAAGCAAUAUUUCUUCCAUUUUUGUGGCUUUCCUGCAGCACCCUCUAUUGGUAGUCAUGGAUUUGUCCUAGCCCAGAUCAGGGUGGGUCUUAUUCACUGGCUAAGUCAUGUGAAUGUACAUUUCCAUGUUUUUUUUUUUAUUCCCAUGUUCCUUUGUUUGCUGCCAGGAAAAUUCAUACACAUCUGGCAAUUUAUUGGCAACACAGUUUUCAACAUAAAAAUGUACUUUCAUAUCACAAUACAGUUUAAGUGAAAGAAAAAGGCAAAAAAGCUUAAUUCCAGUUGCUUUGUUGUUGUUACGCUGCUUUAAGGUUUUUAAAUAUAUAUAUUUUUUUUACGGAAUAACAAAGGGAAUUCCUGUCAUAAUAAAACAGACUACAUACAGUGUAAACAUUUAAAGCUUUACUGAUUAGCGCAUGCUUUCAAUCUUAAACUUGUUUUAUUAGGAUGCUUAUUAGGGGGGGUCAAUGUUUUUUGGAAAAACCUUUUACAUAAGCAUUGUUUUAGAUCUCAUUUGG